UGUUCUCAUUAGGGGACGAUCUACGAUUUGACAGGCUCUCUGCUGCUGCUUCUGCUGCUGCUUCUGCUGCGGCUGUAUGGUCUGUCAUCAGUUGGAAAGGCUGCAAGGGUUUAGAAGAACCGCAGUUCUGAAGACAGAGCACUGCUAAGUAGUCUCCCUGUCAAACAAAGUAGACGAGGUUUUCUGCAGCGUUGGAAACUCACGCUUAAUACUGCCUCAUCUACCUAGAAAAGCAGACGACGCUACAGAGGAAAAGGGGGAGAGAACCACUGUGAUAAAGGCAGGGCACCGGAAAGAAGAUGUGUUGAGAAGUGUUUCAGAGAAACCUCAAGCCACUAAAGAUGGAAAACGAGACAGUAAGUGAACUGAACCAAACCCAGCUUCAGCCUCGAGCCGUGGUGGCCCUAGAAUACCAAGUGGUCACCAUCUUACUUGUGCUCAUUAUUUGUGGUCUGGGCAUCGUGGGCAACAUCAUGGUAGUCCUGGUGGUCAUGAGAACCAAGCACAUGAGGACGCCCACAAACUGCUACCUGGUGAGUCUAGCAGUAGCUGAUCUCAUGGUCCUGGUGGCCGCAGGCCUCCCCAACAUAACGGACAGUAUCUAUGGUUCCUGGGUUUAUGGCUACGUUGGAUGCCUCUGCAUUACUUACCUCCAGUACUUGGGCAUUAAUGCAUCCUCUUGUUCAAUCACAGCAUUUACCAUUGAGAGGUACAUAGCAAUCUGUCACCCCAUCAAAGCCCAGUUUCUCUGCACAUUUUCCAGAGCCAAAAAGAUCAUCAUCUUUGUCUGGGCUUUCACAUCCAUUUACUGUAUGCUGUGGUUCUUCUUGCUGGAUCUCAAUAUUAGCACCUAUAAAGAUGCUAUUGUGGUGUCCUGUGGCUACAAGAUCUCCAGGAAUUACUACUCACCUAUUUACCUAAUGGACUUUGGUGUCUUUUAUGUUGUUCCAAUGAUCCUGGCCACUGUCCUCUAUGGAUUCAUAGCUAGGAUCCUCUUCUUAAAUCCCAUUCCUUCAGAUCCUAAAGAAAACUCUAAGACAUGGAAAAAUGACUCAACCCAUCAGAACAAGAAUUUGAAUUCAAAGACCUCUAGUAGAUAUUUCAACAGCACAGUAUCUUCAAGGAAGCAGGUCACCAAGAUGCUGGCAGUGGUUGUCAUUCUGUUUGCCCUUUUAUGGAUGCCCUACAGAACCCUUGUGGUUGUCAACUCAUUUCUCUCCAGCCCUUUCCAAGAAAAUUGGUUCUUGCUCUUUUGCAGAAUUUGCAUUUAUCUCAACAGUGCCAUCAACCCAGUGAUUUACAAUCUCAUGUCCCAGAAAUUCCGUGCAGCCUUCAGAAAGCUCUGCAACUGUAAGCAGAAGCCAGUGGAGAAACCGGCUAACUACAGUGUGGCCCUCAAUUACAGCGUCAUCAAGGAGUCAGAUCAUUUCAGCACAGAGCUUGAUGACAUCACUGUCACUGACACUUACUUGUCUGCCACGAAAGUGUCUUUUGAUGACACCUGCUUGGCUUCUGAAAUAACCAUUAGCCAAAGUUAAUUCAUGAAGUAGAAGAAAAUGGAUGAUAAAGAAAAUGAGAAUCUGUGCAGUUAUCAACCCAAGAGAGGAAACAGCCAAUACUGGUAUGUGACGACAGAGCAGAUAAAGUCCUCGCCAGUGCUCUAACA